CCGAGCCGCCUCUGAACGCAGCACCGCGGAGGAGCAGAGGACGCAGGGCAGGACAAAUAAUCCAAUCAUUAGUCCACUAAAACAUCGCAGAUGUCUUGGUUCCAGUCUCUGAGGGAUGAGUUCACACUGAGACCGUUUGAGAUAGAGCAGACACACAGUGACAGCGCUGCCAUGGCAUCGGGAGCUCCAGAUGUGAUGGCCAAUCAGGAGUCUGCUGAUGUCGUAGAAGAGUGCUCAGGAAAGAAGAAGUCCAAGUUCCAGACAUUUAAGAAAUUCUUUGCCAGGAAGAAGAGAAAGGAGCCGCCAGCCGCAGGAGCAGAUGCAGGGCUUAAAGCCAGCCAAUCAAGUGACAAUGUCAGCAAAACAUCCGAAAAUAACACGCUCACUCGAUCAGAGAAGGAUAAGGGCUCUGGGUCAAAGAUCAGCCUGGGCAGCAAGGCCUUGUCCCACGACUCUGUCUUUGUUUCGGACUUGUCGGAGGCCAACGAGGCUCUGGGGGCAUCUCAGGACAGCAUUCACGGGAAAGUGAAAUCACUACAGCUCCAGCUGAAGCAGGCCAUCAGACUGGGCUCUCCUCCGUCCCUCAUGUGUGUGAAGAAAACGGAUGAUGCCGGAACCGUGUCCGAGGAUGACGGCCUGCCCUGUAGUCCACCUGAAUACACGACACUUCACACGGCCAUGAAUCAGGCUCAGAGGAACAGCUCCAUCAGUCUGGAGGGAACAGAGAGUGACGACGACCAGUUGUCCUGCGCUGCCUCCAGCGGAGCGCUGAGCCCACUGGUGGUCCCAGGGGACUUCAGUCUGCCGGCCAGUCCCUUCGGCUGUCUGGAUAACUCUGCUGCCAAACACAAGCUGGGCCUGAGACACAAAGCCUGCAACAGGAGGAAACCUGUCUGUAGGCUGGAGAUGAAGGCAGAGGGAGACUCUGUGGUGGAGGAGACGCUGAACACCUCCAUAACAGAAGCUUCUGAGGAGCUGGAACAACAGAAGACAUCAGAAGCUGUAAGUGUUGAUGAGCUGAAACCAAAGGUGGAUAGGGAGGAGGAAGAAGAGGAAGAAGAAGAGGAGGAGGAGGAGCAGCCACAGCAUUCCAGACACUCCCUGGUGAGAGAUGAGGAGGAGAGGGAGGAGGGAGAGGACGAGUCUGAAGCAGAACAGGAUGCUUCUCCCGGGCCGGACUCUUCCUCUCCUCCGGAGCUGUGUCACCCAGACGCCCAGCCCCUGGCCUCCUCCAAGCCCAGCUCCAGAGCCUCCUCUCUGGACAGUCCCGGAGCCACACCGGAGCCCCCUGCAGGUCUCAGAGAGUAUCUGCUGGACCCCCCCAGCGUUGCCAAUGAAGCAGAGGAGAAGGGGUAUGAAAGUGACUCGGCACUGAGCGGAGAAGAAGACAAAGUCCAGGAAAGCAGAGAGGAGGAGAGCUCCUUCUUACAGGAAGUGCUGAGCUCCCUGAAGACUCCUCUGGCGUCCUGUCUGGAGACGGAGGGUGUUGUCCUGGAGACAGAGGGUGUUGUCCUGGAGACGGAGGAGGAAGGGAAGGAACAGGAAAGGGAAGAUGUGGAGAUAGUUGAAGGAGAGGAGGUAAAGGAAGAGGAGGCAGAGGUGGACGAGCCUGUCGGUUAUCAGGCUGGCUCAGAUCACACCACACAGGAAGUGGUUAGCACUUUGAGCGCUACUUCCUGUCAAGAUGUUGAAGAAGAGGAGAAAGUUGAAGAGAAGGAAGAAGAAGAAGAACAUGAAGAAGAACAAGAAGAAGCAGCAGAGGAAGAAGAAGCAGCAGAGGAGGAGGAACUAGUGGUGGAACAGGUCAGUCAACAUGGUCAAGAAGAAGAGGGCGAAAAAGACGAGGCAGAGGAAGUCAGCCCCGAGGAACGACAUGAUACGCUUACAGGAAACGCUGUCGACCGGGCAGAGGAAGAGGAAAGAGAAGAAGAAGAAGAAGAAGAAGAAGAAGAGAGUGAGGGAGAGGAGGAGGCGAUAGAGCUGGAGACGAAGGAGCCCGCGGUGGAGGAGGAGGGACGGGAGAAGGAGGAAGAGGACGAUGAAGAGGUGAAGGCGAAGGAAGCAAAGGAGAGAGUCGAGGAAGCGAUGGAAGACGAGAGGGACGACGCAAAAGAGAUGACGGAGACGUUUCCUGAAGAGAAAGGUGCCGUGUCGCUGCAGGAGGAAGAGGAGGGUGUUGCGGUUGGAGACGUCAAUGCGUGCACAAACGAUGAUGAAUCAGAACUGGGGGGUCAUCAGGUGUUUGCUGUAGUGCAUGGAAGUCAAACGGCGUCCAAUGAAAGCUUCGGAGAAGAGAGGGGAGAUGGAAAGGAGAAGGGGGAGGAAGGCGUAGAUAUUGACCGCACAGAACAGACAUCCAAGCAAGAGGAAGAGGGUGAAGCAAACCAACCUGAUGCAGAUCUAACUGAACAAGAUCUGCAGCGGGAAGGUGUCGAAACAUCCCAUUUAGACAUGAAGCAAGGGGGGGGGAAUCAAAGUGAAGCCACAGAACAGGCUAAGCCUUCUUCGCUGUUUCUUCCUGAGCCGCAUUGCGAGGCUCCGUCACUGGAGAGUGGGGCCAGCACUCCCAGUAAGACCAGCACCAUCCACAUCAAUCUGCUCUCUCCGAGCUCAGAGAAAGCCACACCUUUCUUUCCACAGUCCCCAACUGCCGAAAGUGAGACACCCUGUCAUGCUGUAGCAGCCACACAGCAAAACACAGCAGCCACAGAGGAAGGAGAAGAACCAGCUGACAACGUGGAAACCGCAGAAGUGGAAAAACCGCGGGCCCUGGACGGAGAAGCUACACCUCCCGCCUCUGUGGAGGAAGACGUUAAACCGCCGUCCAGAGGAUCAGAUCAGAGCAGAGCCCGCUUCACCGUCGCCCCCGCCUGGCAGAGAUCCCUCUCUGUCGGGGAUGUAGAAGAGAGUUUGAUUCCUCCUUCCUCCCCGCCCACCUGCGUCUCCCAUUCGCCGUCCGCCGUCACUGGGCCUGGAGGUGUGGAGGUUGAGGCUGAGAAGGACCCUGAAGUGAAAGCAGAGCCAUCGAGUUCAGCUAAGGUUGAAGUGGUGUUGAGCCCCGGCAGAGUGAGGAACGCAGGGACCGGCACUGUAUCAUCGUCUCCAUCGUCCGUUCAACCUCAGACCUCAGCUGCUGCAAAAACAGACAAGAGCUCUGUCGUAGUGGAGGGAAACCCCGACAAUCCGUUUGGAGUUCGGCUGAGGAAGACGUCAGCUCCGCACCGCUUCAGCUCGGAGGAGGAAAACACAGAGCCUCCCAUUGAGCCUCCAGCUCAGCCAACCAGCUGUAGAGUGGACUCCCAGCAGCCAGUCAGUGGAAAGCCCUCCAUAAGUCAGCCAGUCAGCAACAAGCCUGCCCUCCCUAAGAAACCGGAUGUACACGGAGACAGUGUAGGGAAAAGCAAGCGCAUUUCAGACCAAGCUGCAGGUCGUGGCUUUUCUGCUGGAUCUGAUUCUCCCAGCUGGAUCUCUGUGGCCAAACAGAAACAGAAGAUCUAUAAAGAAAACUCACUAGAAGAAAUUACUAUCAAGAAGGAGGAACCAGAGAGCAAGAGUUCACUGCCAAUGUCUGUCAGCUCAGCUGCAAGCAGGGAGCCCAGCAACAGAACAGCUGAGUCCACCGGAAAAGUGAGUCCGUUGGAGAUCAGAAAGCCUUCAGCGUCCGUAGAAAAGGAGGCCAGGAGGGCUCUCUCUCCUCCAACUCCGGUGCCACCUCAACCUCCUAAACCCCAGUCGCUCCCCUGCCCUGUCCCUCCCAAACCCCAGCUUCCCCCUGCCGUCGCCAAACACCCAGCCCACCCUAACUCCCCCCAGAGAUCCCUGUCACCCUCUACUCCGAUUCCUGUUCCCCAAAAAUCUGCCGCUUGCAUAAGCCCGCCACCUCCGUCCAAAACUGCCACCUCGUCCAAGACGCCCCCGCCCCAGGGCACGACACUUACCUCCCCUCCGUUUUCAUCGAGAACCGCCCUGGAAAAGUCUGGUUCAAGAGGCCCGCCUCCCCCAGCUUCGCCCCAGGAUGAGCCUCCCUGGAUGGCCCUGGCCAAGAAGAAGGCCAAAGCCUGGAGCGAGAUGCCCCAGAUCGUCCAAUGACGGGCACUGGGUUCAGUAAGAUCUUGUAAAUAGGCCCAAGCCAGGCGGAUCUGGAACGGGGGUUGAAUGUGGGCAGAGAGUUUGGAUGGACCCAGAAUGCAUUUGCACACAAAGAGCUGUUGAUUUCUGUUGUUUUCUUACUUCUUGGUUUGUAUCCUGGCUUAAGUCUUCAGAUUGGUACAAGCCAUCCAAUCACAGCUGAAGACUGGCUCAGUUUAACUCCUCCUUUCUUUACGUCCUUAUGUUGUACAGUCAUGUUUUCUAAGAGACAGGGUAAGACCCCCAAAACGGUAACGGUAAUGCGUCUUACUUGAAGUGGAUUCCUAUUUUUUCAGUAUAUUAAAAUGUGCCUGAAUGAGACGAAAUAUCUGCGGUCUCGCAGCUGAAAGUAAAAAUCUUUAUCGAAAGUAUCAGAUGAUUCCACCGAUAUCACUAAAUAUUUCAGGGAAGACAGAAUAAUUUUAUAAAGAGGAAACUUUAUCCACAGAAAGUUGGUUAAAAGUGACAAAGAGACAAAUCGUUGUCUUUCUGUCAGUCUUUGUGUGUGUGUGUGUGUGUGUGUGUGUGUGUGUGUGUGUGUGUGUGUGUGUGUGUGUGUGUUAUUUUAAGCCAGUGAUACAUGCUCACAUUUUGAGGAAUGUGGAAAAUGUUGUGACCAGACCAGUAAAACGGGCUAAGAUCCAAGUUAAGCGGAAUUUGCUGAACUAACUGCUGCCGGUCAUGAGCUUUAGUACAAAUUGCUGAUUCAUGUUUCCUCAAUCUGCUGUCUCAGUGUAUCAGGUUCUCUAUAAAUCUAUUUCUUGUAACACCAUCCACUGACACUAAACUGUUUGUUGUGUUUGCGUGUGCUGAGUGUGUCCAUCAUGUUCCAGGUUGUCAGUGAAAAUUAUAUUUUUACAUUUUCUCUUUUUAUAUUUUCAAUACAUAACUACACCGUGUCUGUGCAUCCUACAGAAAUCUUAUCUCCAAAAAAUGAAUCUGUUCAAGAAUCAAAGUAACCUAUCAUCACAUUGACUUUCGUGUGUUUUUAAUAUUUUUCAGUGCAUCAUUAUGUUGGCAGCGUGGUUAUGAAAACAUUUUCCACUUCUAACCAAACAUGUAAAUAAAACAGAAAUCAAUACACUGCUAAUUAAUCCCCCCGGAGAUUGGUUUGCUGCAGAUGCAAAGCAUCGCUAGAGGAAAGCAAGUUUCAACGCUGAAAGUUUACUUUGUAUCAAUUAGAUCUAUCUCACAGUUACAGUAUGGUUUAUUUUGCUUUAUUUUUUAAUUGCCUUUUGAGAAUUUGUCUUGUACAUAAAAUGUGCAGUAAAGAACAAAUGAAAGUUUUUUUUUUUGCUGUUGUA